UAGAGCAAUCCCUCCUCCUCCCGGAAAUACUGAGAUCUCUGACGCUCGCGCAAUGCCAGAAGGUAGUUCCGGUUCCGGCGUGGCGAUUUUCGUUCUCCAGUGAUCAGUUGUCGCGGUUGGUGGGCAGUAACUGAGUCAAUAUGCUGCGGAAUCUGCUGGCUCUUCGUCAGAUUACCCAGAGGACCAUAAGUACUGCUUCACGCAGGCAGAUUGAAAAUAAAGUUCCAGAGAAACAAAAGCUGUUUCAGGAGGAUAAUGGAAUUCCAGUGCAUCUGAAGGGUGGGGUAGCUGAUGCCCUCCUGUAUAGAGCUACCAUGUUUCUUACAGUUGGCGGAACAGCAUAUGCCAUAUAUCAACUGGCUAUGGCUUCACUUCCCAAGAAGCAGGAUUGACUUCAGUUCAUCCUCCCAGCAAUUAGCUGGUUCAAUUUCAUUCAGUUCUCUGUGGACCAGUAAGAUGAUAAAUAAGAGUUCUUCUUUGGGGAUCAAUAUUUAUUGACUUGUAGUAACUGCCACCAAUAAAGCAGUCUGUACCAUG